UUCGAAAAAAAGAGCAAAUCAUCUCUGUGAUUUUCGACUCAGAAUUUCUACCCUAUCGUAAAAAAUUGCAGAGAGCGAGCCCGCUGUGACGAUCGCCCUGGAGCGAGACAGCGAACUCGGGAAGACAAGAGUGAGAUUAUGCAGAGCGACAGCGGCAGAAAGCUCCUCCGCGCCUCCUGUUGCAUGCUAAAAUCCCGCUCCACCAUUGGCAUCAGAGAAUCGCUUUCGCCUUUCUUCUUUCUCGACAACCCUCCAUCUCAUAUACUUUUAUCCUCGUCCUACUCAGAACCAAAGAAAGACUCGCCACCGUUAUUCUUCCGCCACUGCUCUUCUAGGGCGCCGUGGCCGGCGUCGGUUUUCUUGAGAGCUUCGCUCCGUGAGCUAUCGUCCUCGACUCCGUCUGUCUGUGGUGGCGGUCACCAAUCACCCUUUUCCACCUCCUCUGUCCGCUAUUAUUCUCUUCGACUUGGAAAGAUAAAGCAAGCAGCCAAGUUUGAAGACGCCAGCCAACAAGCAGUUACCACAGCUUUGUGGUGCAAUUUCCUUGUCUUCUCGCUAAAAUUUGGGGUUUGGUUGGCAACUUCUAGCCAUGUUAUGCUGGCUGAAGUAGUGCACUCAGUUGCGGACAUAGCAAAUCAGAUACUUCUUGCAUAUGGCUUGAAUAGCUCUAAGCGUGGUCCAGAUGCCUUGCAUCCGUAUGGUUAUUCAAAGGAAAGAUUUGUCUGGUCAUUGAUAUCUGCUGUUGGUAUUUUUUGUUUGGGAUCAGGUGCUACGAUUGUGCAUGGAGUUCAAAACUUGUGGCUUGCACAUCCCCCAGACAACAUUAAGUAUGCAGCCAUAGUACUUGGAGGAUCAUUCAUUCUGGAAGGGGCUUCACUGCUUGUUGCUGUAAAAGCAGUCAAGAAAGGGGCUGCUGCAGAGGGAAUGACAAUACGGGAUUACGUAUGGCGUGGUCAUGAUCCUACAUCUGUUGCUGUCAUGACAGAGGAUGGUGCUGCAGUCACUGGUCUUGUUAUUGCUGGAGCAUCAUUGGUGGCUGUCCAUGCUACUGGAAAUCCAAUUUAUGAUCCAAUUGGCUCUAUCAUAGUUGGUCAUUUGCUUGGCUUGGUUGCAAUAUUUCUAAUUCAAAGGAACCGACAUGCUCUUAUUGGCAGGGCAAUUGAUGAUCAUGACAUGCAAAGGGUGCUUCAGUUCUUAAGAUCUGAUCCGGUGGUAGAUGCUUUAUAUGAUUGCAAGAGUGAAGUUAUUGGACCUGGAUUCUUUAGAUUCAAAGCUGAAAUAGACUUUAAUGGGGUGGUUGUGGUGCAAAAUUAUUUGAAGAGAACUGGACGUGAAGAAUGGGCAAGAAAGUUUCGGGAGGCUGCAGAAUGCGGCGAUGAUUCCAAAUUGCUUAAAGCUAUGGCAAACUAUGGUGAGGGUCUUGUUGAGGCCUUAGGGAGCGAAGUGGACAGACUUGAGAGUGAGAUUCAGAAGAUUGUUCCAGGAAUCAGACAUGUUGAUAUUGAGGCCCAUAACCCUGAGCCUUCAACGUAAAUUUUGUUUGCUGCAGUCUGCAGGUGAAUCAUUCUAGUAAUGCUUCUAGGGAUUCAUUUAACCAAUCUGAUUCCGGCUAAUUCUAAAUAUUGCUAUUAGAGCUCGUUCACUCUUCUAAUGAAAUGAGAGCUGAAUGAAUCUAUUUCUGAGGCAGUCAAUGGUGUCUGUAUAUGGCUAACAAUUUUGACACUAAUGUCCUGAUUCAAAUACAGAAAUUGUGAAUUUGGAUUGAUUAUUGUUUAUAUGUUUAAUUUAAU